AUGAGUGGUAUUCAGAAUUCUGCGCCCACCCUCGGUGCCAGGAAGAACGUCGAUCCCGGUCAAAAUGCCGUCAAGAGACUGCAGACGGAGCUUAUGCAGCUGAUGACAUCGCCGGCACCGGGCGUGUCUGCCUUCCCCUCUGCUGACGGCAAUCUCCUUUCGUGGCGGGCUACUAUCGAGGGACCUGAUGAGACCCCCUACGCCGGCCUCACCUUGAAGCUCAGUUUUGAAUUUCCUGCGAACUAUCCUUACGCCCCGCCUACGGUGCUGUUCAGAACCCCGAUCUACCAUCCCAACGUGGACUUCUCUGGACGCAUUUGUCUCGACAUCCUCAAGGAUAAGUGGACUGCUGCUUACAACACUCAGACUGUCCUGCUGAGCUUGCAAUCCCUGCUCGGAGAGCCGAACAACGCUUCCCCUCUCAACGGCGAGGCGGCCGAGCUUUGGGACAAGGAUCCGACUCUGUUCAAGACCAAGGUCAUGGACCGUCACAAGGACAUUGACGACGACUGA